CGAGCCGUUGAUCAGUUUUAGCUAGCUAGCUAGCGAGAUGCUAGCUCUUAUGAGGAGUGAGUAACCAGUCGUGUCCCCCGCCCCCUUUCCGGACUACGCUGCGGGUUUUUAAGCACUUAACUUUAUUUAUUAAAUCCUAAUAUAUAUAUUUUAAUCCGGGACAGACGCACGCUUUUUAAACAAAAAACAAGCAGACUGCAGACCAGCUGAAUGGAUCCGAGGGUCGCCUGGAUUCAGCCCGAACAGAAGGGACCCGCGACCGCCUUGUGGAUGCAAGCAUGGGAGAAUUCCUCCCAGGACGCCCGGGUGCUCUCCAGCCGCCACCUCCCGCAGCACCACCACCACCACCUGCACCAUCAUUACCAUAACUAUCACCACCAACGCCUGUGCGUCAACUCUCCUGCGCUGGACUCCGGUUCCGCCGGCCAUCCCACGGCCGCCUCGCCCCACGCCGCCAAGGCGUGUUCCGGGUCGGGCAGAAGGCUGCCCAAGGCUGGUUCCGUGUCGUCCUCGUCCUCGGCGGAGUCAGGCGCGGAGAGUCCGUCUUCGGAGCGUAGCGGCAGCGGCACCCUGGGCGACCCGUUCGCCGGGGACUCGUGCACUCACCGCCGCCCACACCCGGCCGCCAACGUGAAUCAUCGCCGAUACCAGCACCAUCCGGGCCGGAGGAAAAGCGACAACCGAGCCAGCACCUACGGCAUCAACUACCUGCUGUCCGCCUGGAGCGACGGCGGCGGUGUGGGCUCCGGUACCCCCUGGAAGAGGAGGAGAUACAGCCCUGGGGUCAACGGACUUCAUGAGGAGAUUGUGGACUUCUACCACUUCAUGUCCCCACGCCGAGAAGAGGCAGCCAUGCGCAAAGAGGUGGUCAGCAGGAUCGAGGCGGUCAUUAAGGAGCUGUGGCCCACUGCAGAUGUCCAGAUAUUUGGGAGCUUCAGUACGGGUCUUUAUCUUCCGACAAGUGACAUCGACCUGGUGGUCUUUGGGACCUGGGAGCGUCCCCCUUUGCAACAGCUGGAGCAGGCCCUGAGGCGGAGGAAUGUAGCCGUGCCCUAUUCCAUUAAAGUGCUCGACAAAGCAACGGUGCCAAUAAUUAAACUGACGGAUCAAGAGACCGAGGUGAAGGUGGACAUCAGCUUUAACGUGGAGACAGGUGUCAAAGCCGCCUGGUUUAUUAAGGACUAUGUGAAGAGGUACACAGUGCUGCCUUACUUGAUAUUCGUGCUGAAGCAGUUUCUUCUCCAGCGGGACCUCAAUGAGGUUUUCACAGGUGGCAUCAGUUCCUACAGCCUCAUUCUAAUGGUCAUCAGCUUUCUGCAGCUACACCCACGGAUUGAUGCCCGGAACCCUAAUGUGAACCUGGGCAUCCUCCUCAUCGAGUUCUUCGAACUCUACGGGAGGCACUUCAACUACUUGCGGACGGGUAUCCGCAUCCGCAACGGCGGGGCGUACGUCGCCAAGGAGGAGAUCAUGAGGUCCAUGAUUGGUGGCUACAGGCCGUCCAUGCUGUGCAUCGAGGAUCCUCUCCUACCAGGAAAUGACGUAGGCAGGAGCUCGUAUGGCGCCAUGCAGGUGAAGCAGGUCUUUGACUACGCCUACAUUGUGCUGGGCCAUGCUGUCUCGCCCCUCGCCCGCUCGUAUCCCAACAGGGACAGCGACAGCACUUUGGGUCGCAUCAUCAAGGUGACCCAGGAGGUGAUGGACUACAGAGACUGGAUCUCCAUGAAGUGGGGCAGUGAGCGCUCAGCCAGGGUAGAUGGCACUGCUGGCCCUGCCCUGAAGGACCCCUGUGAUCAGGCAGGCAUCUCCGCGGACGAACCUCAGCGGGACUCCGCCUCCCCACAGAGCGCCGACUCCCCCAUGUCACUGUCCAGCCCCCAGCAGCACUCCUCCGCCUCUUCGGUCUCCUCCCUCUCAGGAAGUGACAUCGACUCGGACUCCACCCCCAGCACAGGCCCCGCCCUCCCUGCCUCCUGUUUCCAAGCUCUGACAUUGGCCUCCAUGCCCCCAACACUACACAUGCCCAAUGGGAAGGGCAAUUUUAAUAAGGCAUCCAUGAUGCCCCCAGGCUCUCAGGCCAGGGGGAAUUUGCCCCAGACCCUUGCCACGCAUUCUCUCCCUACCAGAGCAGUCUGUAUAGAUGGGGUGCCAUCUUUCUUACAGAUGCCCCCCCCCAGAGCGCCCCCUGGUUCCGGAUCUCUUCCAAACUGCCAUCUGAACCACAAGGUCUCCAACGGACUGAGGUACCCCCAGAAGGCGCUGGACAGCCCCCCGGUGGUGCACAGCCCCCUGCUGGCCAAUCGAGGGAACCUGCAAUUUCCUCGUAACAUGUGGCGCCGGAGGAAGGUGACACGGGACAGCCUGAGCAGAUAGGGAAUCCCCCAGUGCCCCGAAACUGCGGCUCAACCUUUGCAUGCUCCCCUGGCUGGUGGGUGGAAGGUGCCCUCUGACAACCCGUUUGGAUGUGCUGCAGUUUUUGGGUUUAGACCUUUUUGGUCUGUUUCAGUCCAGCCAGGGGAGGGGAGGGGGGGGGGGGGGGAAGAGAGUAAGGGGUUUGGUGAGUGAGCCACCCUGUCCUUUCAGCAGACUGGCGUCAGGUGGUACCAGCCCCCGUUUUGUAUUGUAUGGAAGAAACUUAUCAUAGAAACUUAUAUGUGCAAUAUCACCCCCAACAAAUAUUUAAUUUUAAUUGUUGUGGGUUUAAGUUGUAUAUUUUUUUUCCUGUUGUCUUUCCAUUGAAAGUUUACAGGUCCUUGUGUUCUUUGUAAGUCUGUUUUAAAACAAUCUAUAUUACUGGGGGUCGAGUCUGUGGACUAGUGUAGGGCCUCUACGUCUGCGAUCCAUGGCACUGUAUCCUGCCCCCUGCUGGGUGAGUGCGAAACUGCUCCAAGUGCAACUUAGGCUUGACUGAGGCAGACCAGUGGGUUGGUAAUGGUUCCUGUGCUCGAUGUCUCGCUUGAGCCAGUGAUGGAUUUCUGUGUUCAGAAGACAGCUGGGUGCGGCGUGUCGGCCUCGUUUCCUGGGUGGACUUGUGCUAAGCCACUUCAGUCUGUGUGAUUCCAGUCAGUGGUCCUCGAAAGAGAGGCCAUCAGCCACCCAGUUUCAAACAGACUUUCAUGAAGAGGCAUUAUUUUGAUUCCGUUCAGGAAUCUACGUAUCUGUAUGCAUUCGUUCUGUUAAGAGCAACACAUUUAAAUCACGAACUUCGAUUAUAUGUUAAUGUCCCGAUUGCAGUAUUAUGUUAUUAUGGAAACAGACCUGUAUUCAUGUUAGUUAGAGCUUUUCAGGUACAUACAGGUGUUACUAUGCAAGUGUGUGGGUUUGGGGGGGGGGGUGGUGUGUUCGUCCCCCACCCCAAAUCUUCUCCUGUGGCACCAUGUCGUCGACAGCGUCCCCAAGCCUGUGCCAUCCUGCGAAAUGUCCUGCUAGGUGACGCCGAAGCUCAGAGGUUCUCCUUUGAACGUUCUUGGUGACCUCCUAAGCCACCGCUGUGUUCUGUAUGCUCUGACUUAUGGUGUUGGUCAACCGGUGGUGGGUUAAGAGAGCCGCAUCAGGUAAUCGGACAGUAACCUGAUUAUGGGAGUUUGUCUUAGAAACCAGCAACCUUUAUAGAAGGUUUUUUAAAACUGUCUGUUCAUCUUGUGUUACGAGUUCAUAACGUUAUCCUGACCAGAUUGGGAGAGCACAGAUCGGGCGUUCUGGACACGUCCAGCUCAGGAUGAGUUGGGCGGACUGGCUCAGUUUGACCCCCCUCCCCCCGUUGUUGUCCAGCUAGCCUUUCAGAAACAUAGCAAGCCAGAAGCACACUGGAGGGGUCAGAAAGGGUGGGUCUGCAGACUGAAAUCUAGCUGCCACAGGGCUUGUCAGUGGCUAACGUGCGAAGAAAGUACUGUAUGUUUUCCUUAAUUUGAUCAAUAUUUUUUAUGUAAAGUUUUUUGUAUUUUUAUUUUUUAAUAAACAUCUUUAAAAAUCACUACA